CGAUCGGAGCAAUGGAUGAGGGAGAGGGCCAACAAACUGAAAGAGCACGUCCGUCAACUGUUUGCAUCCUCUAAGGACAUCCUGGAGAAGAUGAAGCUAGUGGAUACAAUUCAGCAUCUAGGGAUCGAUCACCUCUUCGAGAAUGAGAUUCAAACUGCACUCCAAGAGAUCCAUGAAAAUGAGUUUGCUACCAAUAACCUCCAUGAUGUCGCUCUUCGGUUCCGUCUGCUUAGGGAGCGUGGCUUUUGGGUAUCUCCGGAUGUAUUCAACAAGUUCAAGGGAGACGAUGGCAGUUUCAGCAAUGAGUUAGCCAAUGACCCGGUGACCCUACUGCAGCUGUACAACGCAGCCAACCUGUUCAUACACGGCGAGCCAGAGCUGGAGGAGGCCAUCUCCUUUGCAAGGCGCCAUCUGGAGUCGAUCAGCCAGCACGGUGCAGGUCUGAAGUCCCCUUUGGCUGAUCAAAUCAAGCGUAGCCUUCACAUCCCGUUGCCAAGGAUCCACAGGAGAGUGGAGAUGGUGUCGUACGUACCCGAGUAUGACCAAGAAGAUGGGCACGAUCCUCUUCUUCUUGAACUAGCGAAGCUGGAUUUCAACAUACUCCAGCGUGUUCACCAGAAAGAGCUCAAUGAACUUUCCAGGUGGUGGAAAGAUGUUUCUGCAUAUAUGGGUCUACACCAUAUUCGUGACCGUGUGAUAGAGAACUACACCUGGUCGUACGCAGUGUACCAUGAGGAAGAGCUGUCUCUUGCACGGGUGAUAUUUGCCAAGAUUGUGCUGCUGAUCGCCCUGCUCGAUGACACAUAUGAUGUCUACGCAUUCACCUCCAUCGAGGAGUGCCGGCUGCUAAACGCAGCCUUCCAAGGAUGGGAUGACAGCGCUGCGUCGCUUGUGCCAGAGUACCUGAGGAAGUUCUAUGAGAUUACCCUGAGGUGCUUUAGGGAGUUUGAGGAUCUGGUACCAAGCAAUCAGAGAUACCUUGUUGCCUUCAGCAAGACAGAGUUCCAAAAGUUGUCGAGUUAUUACCUGGAGGGAGCGGAGUGGGCGCACCGGAAGCACAAGCCGAGGUUCAGCGAGCAGGUGGCGCUGGCGACGAUGACGACGGCGACGCGGCCGCUGGCGGCGGGUCUCAUGGUGGGGCUGGGCGAGGGCGUCACCACCACGGCGGCCUACCAGUGGGCCGUCGCCAGCACGGACGCCAUCAUCUCAUGCGGCAAGACCGGCCGCUUCAUGAACGACAUUUCCGGAUUCAAGCUGGGGUCGCAGAACAAGGCAGACAUGCCAUGCUCGGUGGAGACGUACAUGGAGGAGCACAGGGUGUCGAUGGAGGUGGCGAUCGGGAAGAUAAACGAGCUGGUGGAGGAGGAGUGGAAGACGACGAACCAGUCGCGGAUCGACCACCGCGGCGUGCUCCCCGUGGUGCAGCGCAUGAUCAACAUCACGCUCGCCAUCCCCUUCUACUACAGCGACGGCAAGGACGGCUUCACCUUCGGCGAGGGCCUCCAGGAGGUCCUCCAGAAGCUCUACGUCAAGCCCAUGCCCCUCUAGCUGAUACAAGCCCUAAUUAAUUAAUUAGCUUGUUAAUUAAUGGGGCCAAUUAAUUAGUAAUCCAUCAUUAUAUAUGUGUGUGUCUGUGUGUUCUGUACAUAUAUAUUUUUUGUUCAGGUGUAUUUUUCGUCGUUGUAUGUUCUGGGAUAUUCAGUAGUUAAUUAUAUAUCUCUAUGUAUGGACAAAAUAAUAUGCGUGUUUUGGGCUGUGUGCAGCUCAGGUAUACCUGCAAAG